AUGUCGAAGGAGCAGAAAUUGUCGAAAUGGUACUUCGGGGGCGUAGCCUCGGCGAUGGCCUGCUGCUGCACGCAUCCCCUCGACUUACUCAAGGUCCAACUCCAGACGCAGCAAGAGGGGAAACUGUCUGUAGUAAAAUUGACCAUAAAUAUUGUGAAAAAGCAGGGCGUGCUCGCUCUCUACAACGGUCUCUCGGCCUCGCUCUUGCGCCAGCUCACCUACUCCACGACCCGUUUCGGCAUCUACGAAAUCGUCAAACAACGCAUGGACAAAGACAGCGGUUUCGGUAGUCGCGUGGCCUUGGCGGCCUUCGCCGGUUCCGCUGGAGGCCUCGUGGGAACCCCCGCCGACAAAAUCAACGUUCGGAUGCAAAACGACAUCAAGCUCUCCCCGGACAAACGACUAAAUUACAAGCACGCCGUCGAUGGCCUGUGGCGCGUCUAUCGAGACGAGGGAAUCCCGCGUCUGUUUUCUGGCGCCACUGCUGCCACCUUCCGUGCGGCCUUGAUGACAAUCGGCCAACUGUCGUUCUACGACCAAAUCAAAAAAAUGCUUCUGACUACGCCGUAUUUCCAGGAUAACUUGACGACGCACUUCGUGGCCAGUCUUAGCGCGGGGGCGAUCGCCACGACUUUGACGCAACCGCUGGACGUGCUGAAGACGAGGACCAUGAAUGCCAAACCCGGGGAGUUCAAGGGGAUGUGGGAUAUUAUUUUGUAUACUGCCAAAUUGGGGCCGCUGGGAUUUUUCAAGGGAUAUGUUCCUGCGUUCGUCAGGUUGGCACCGCAGACGAUUUUGACGUUCGUGUUUCUGGAGCAGUUGAGGUUCAACUUCGGGGUCUUGCCAAAGCCAAAUUAGAAAAGUUAAAGGAACUAGUAGGAUUUAGAUUGUUGGUUGACUCUUCCUACUACAUUUUGUGUCAAACAUGGCAUUUAUAAGGAUACGUUGUUGUUUGUUAGAUAGGAAUUAGGAUGUUUGUGUUGUUAGUGUUUUUGUUGUGGAGUGGUAAGCACUGAUUUAAGCUUUAAGUUGUAAUUCUUGUGGUGACGUCAUACCAGUAAUAAUGUUGCAAUAUUUUACGGCCUGGAAACAACCAUAUUGUUUUCAAUUUUUUAUUUAUUUUCGAAUGGCAAUAUUGAUAUAUUUUUAUAAAGUAAUAUAUUUUUUCUUUCAAUAAUAAAGACAGUAUCUACACA